AUGCUGGACGUGCCGGAAGCGGAAAGCCACAAGUCUGAUGGUCGUCGAUUCUUGAGAAGCGACGAGACCUGGAAGGGGUGGGAUGUCAUCCCUGACGACCACGUCGACUACUUGAUCACGCAGUGCGAUAUCAGCGACGACGAUGGCGGCAGCAAUACCUUGUCAUCAGGCACAAGUCGUAGUCCAUUUGCCGUCUUUGCCGCGACAACAUGUGCCUCGCAACAGGGACGAGACAUAUCAGCGGAGGUGGUGAUGGAAAGUGAGACCUUACAUGAGCUGGAUUUGGUCAUGGACAUAGACACGACGCUUGCGUCGCUGCAAGAGCCAGAGAUGUCCAUGGCGAUAUUGCCACUUUCGCCUGGGCUGUCCGACCUCCCAGAUCUCCAUCGGACCGAGAAGUUCCUUCUCAAUCACUACGUCAACCAUGUCGCUGUGAUUAUGAUGCCUUAUGAGCAUUAUCGCAACCCGUGGAGGACUCACUACCCUUCAGUCGCUUACACAAUGCUCUCUUCUGGCCACCGAGCGCUUUACGAUGCCAUUCUUGCUCAUGCAGCGUUUAAUCUGUCUGUGCUCCGUGGAGAUGAGCAAAGAAUGUCAUUUGUAGGAUCUCGACACUACACGAAGGCGAUACAGCAAGUGCUGCCAAGUCUCACGCGGAACGAGGAAGCCAGCAUUGCAAUGGCCGCAAUCAUGACUCUCAUGAUGACUGAGGUCUACACUGGAACCUCAACAACCUGGAGGGCUCAUCUUCAGGGAGCAUGCACGUUGUUACAGCAACAGACCGACGCAUCGCACUGGCUCUCGAGCGACUUCUCCUGUACCUCGCUCCAGAGCCUCAGGAUCAUCGACAUCAUAGGAUCCACGUCAAGGCGGUCUGCGACUCACAGGCUGCAAGAGCCUGAGCUUGACAUGAGGGGCUUAUUUGGUAACAUCCAGCGUACUCGAGACUUCGGCUUCACUAUCGGCGCAAGUCAAACGAUACUAGAGUGCAUAGCAGACAUCACCGAAAUCAGGUCCAAGAAGAGUUUAAACAACGAGUCCGGCUGGCUAGACAUCCAACUUGCCCGAUUAUUGUCACGACUCAACGCCGAACGGGAGCGAUGUUCGGCUUUUUCGACCCAGGAGGACCCUAGUGAGCAUGAAACCGAAGUCGCAAGCCAGCAAAGUGCAUUCGUCGAAGCAGCAUAUAUCUAUAUGUACCGUGUACUUCUGGAGGUCCCCCCAAAACAGGUCCAAUCCUACGUCUCUCGCAUCUUCGAGAACGUCACCGAGUUCUAUGCAGUCAGCGAAGGCAACUUCUCCAUAUGGCCUGCGUUCAUUGCUGCGGUGGAAGCAUACACGCCAGACGAUCUCACGCGCGCUGACCGCUGGCUCAGUCAGAUAUGUCGCUUUGGCAUGGGCAACAGAAAGGCCGUCAAAGAAGUUGUCGAAGAGGUCUGGCGCCGGCGCAGUGAGAUCUGUGAGCGAUCCGGAAUCGAAAUGGGUAUGAUCACGGUCGACUGGACUCAAGUGAUCAUGGACUUUGGUUUCGAUGUCCUCAUUGUGUGA